AUGCCUCGGCCUGGGAGUCCCAGUCUCCCACACAUUUGGCUGGGUCAAUCAACCACAAACCCAGCCAUCAUGGUACAAACGAGUGGGAACCAUGACGUACGCUACGUUUCGAGAGUCAAGUGCAAGCAAUCGGUUGUGGAUUGCCUCUGGAAGUUGAUUGCCGAGAGUCGAUUGCCGAGCGUUGAUUGCCGAGCGUCAAAUGCCGAAGAGUUGAUUGUCGAGAGUCGAAUACCAGAGAGUCAAAUGCCGAGCGUCGAUUGCCGAGAGACGUAUGCCAGAGAGACGAAUGCCAGAGAGUCGAUCGCCAGACAGUCGAUUGCCAGACAGUCGAUUGCCGAUAGUCGAGUCCUGAGAGUCGAACGCGAUUUACGGUGGCACCUGGCUCCUCAUGCGAGCCCCACCAUGGCAGACCAGACCAGACCAGCAGACAAGGCAUCCAACCGAAAGGACACUACCAUAUUUCUAUGGCGAAAAACCGAAAAGGAUUUCUCCGUCCUCUGA